AUGGAUCCCUUCGGCGACAUCAGCGAGGAGCAGUUGGCCGGCAAGCAGCCCCUGGGCCCCUCCAAGCCCCAACCGAAGCUCGACGACCUGCUAAGCUCAGCACCCACGGCCCCCGAACAGCACGGCGACGACCUGCUGGGCGAGAUCCUCUCCGCCACAGCAAGCGCGGCCCCUCCCGUCGCGGAGGCCAUCAAUCGGGCGGCCACCGAGCCCAUUCUGCAGCACGACGAGGAUGAGGACGACGAGGGGCUGAUGAUGGGCAGCCCGAAGAGGUCCUCGGCGGCCCAGCCGGAACGCAUCCAGUUUGAGUCUGGCAUCGACCUGUCCGACAUCAUGAGCAAGAAGACUGACGACUUGCACGAGUUCAAGGAGGUGCAGGACGAGCAGCCGGAGCAGCACGUUCCCAAGGCCAAAGAGCAGCUGGAGGAGGUUUACUCGGCGGCCACCGUCCAGGCGGCCAAGCCGGUCGAACCUGCCGAGGAGGAGAUGGACUUCCGACCACUGCCGCCCGAGCCAGAGGGUCACGACUCGGAGGAGGAGGAAGAGGAGCCGGUGUCCCAGCAAGAAGCCCCGCCGGCCCCCGAGCCCUCCAGGCCGGCCCCGGAGCCCCCGAAGCCUGCAGCCGCCAAACCCACCGCGCACGACGUCGAGAUUGCCGCAUGUGAUUUCUCCGGACUUUGCUCGUGGUUCAGCGAGGACAGGCUUCAUCCUGCUGUCGGCCAGCUGGUGUACUGGCGGGACCCGAAGAAGUCUGGCCUUGUGUUCGGCGGGGUGCUGCUCGUGCUGCUCUCGCUCUCGGCCUUCUCCCUGAUCAGCGUGGUCGCCUACGUCUCCCUGAUCGCCCUCGGCGGCUCCAUCGUGUUCCGCAUCUACAAGAGCGUCCUGCAGGCCGUGCAGAAGACUGACGAUGGACACCCGUUCAAGGCUCUGCUGGAGACAGACAUCACCCUGACUGAGGAGAAGGUUCAGGAGGUCGCCAGUGUGGCUGUGAGCCACAUCAACUGCACCGUCACCGAGCUGCGCCGGCUCUUCCUCGUCGAAGACCUUGUCGAUUCGAUUAAAUUUGGGGUCCUCCUGUGGGUCCUCACCUACGUUGGUGCCUGGUUCAACGGCAUGACUCUCAUCAUCUUGGGAUUCAUUGGAGCCUUCACCCUGCCGAAGGUGUACGAAAACAACCAGGCCCAAAUCGACCAAUACCUUGAUAUUGCCAGGAGCAAAAUGGCCGAAGUCUCAAAUAAGGUUAAGGCGGCCAUCCCACUGGGAAAGAAGGACAAAGAGCAGUAAAAGCGCAACAACAACAGCUUCGUGAGCUUGAACAGGGGCCAGCUUUGGGAACCGAGGUGUCUGUGUCUGUCUGUCCACCUUGCCCCCACAGCAAGCCCGAGAGCUGACUCGUUUAUUUUGUUGGCGACAUCAACACUCACUACCAAGAACGAAUCUUACUUGAUUAUCAUUUUUCCAUUGCUCGAGCAGAGAGGGAGGGACGGCAGUCGGCUGCCAGCGCAACUGACACGCCCUGUUCUAGACUGAGGCCUCCGAGAGGCUGCAUCCAGAGCUCGGGCCCCCGCGGAGCCCGCCGCGUGUCAGUUGCCCUGGCGCUCCCGGCCCGUCCGCGCGUUCAGUUUCAUUUUUUUCAAGUGCCACGUACUUUAGGAAAUCGAUGUUUCUUUUUGUAAAGACGGAAAAAGCAGAAUUAGAGAUGCCUUUGCGUGUGAUUUUCGGCGAGACUUGCUCCACUGAAACCCCCCAUGCUGUUGUUGUUACUUAUUAUUAUUAUUAUUAAUACUUGUUCUGUUCUUCUCUCCUUCCUUCCUAUUUUAAUUUAUUCCUGUUCGGUUCCGGGGAUGAAGUGUUGCCUACGCAGUAGGCUGGAACAAUCAAGGCAGGUCGAACGCUGUUGUAAAUACAUAAUCUAGAUGUGACAGUUUUUUCCCGAUUGUCAGAUGAGAGACUACUUGAAAAUGAAAUUAAAAAGAAGGCAAACCAAACUCAAACACACACACAGACGAUAGCCGAUAGCGAAAGGAGGGUGGUUGGUUCUCAAAAUCGCGUCUAGGGAAAAGCAGCUUAUAACUCAAAAAUGAAUUGUGCUCUUCUGGCCGCCAGUUUGGAUUUUUCUCAAUAGAAUGUAAUGGAAAAGAUUUAAAAAAAACCUUCUGUAAGUCGCUUGCACGUACAUAAAUGUAGACAGAACAAAGAAAAAAAUCAAAGGCCGAGAGGAUUUAAGAAAUUCUCCCGAUUUAUCGAAAAGAUGGCUACGCACUCUCUUAUCCCGUCACAAAAAAAAUAUAUAAAAACGCGAACAUGUUGCACUUUUGUGGAGAUGACCCGAGGAAAUCUCAAAAAUUGAUCUUUGUAUUGAAAUUGAAGCUCGAUUUAUAACUUUCGGGUGGGGCUGUGGAUUUUGUGAGGAAUCAAGCGCUUUUCUCACUCGGGAGCGGCCGUCCGCGGAGCCACCCCUUCGCGCCGAUCGAGAGGGCUGAUAAAUCAUUCCACCCUUCGGAGCCGGGUGGCCCCGUCGCCGGCCGAGCAGAGCCGAGGAAAAGCACUCCUCCCUGUAGAGUCAAAGGAUGAGCGGUAGACCAGUGCAAUUUUUAUCUCUUAUUCUCGUGUAGUAACGUUUCACAACCCGACAAAAAUCCACAAGUCUUACGCAAAGUUGUAAGCUACACUCUUCUAUUACUGUCUUUGAUUUAAAUACGUAUUAGAUUUCGACAAAAGAUUAAUAUCACUUACAUGAAAAAUGCAAAUUACAAGUAUGAUUAAAUGGGCUUUAUACACAAAUAAA